AUGGUCGAACAUAAACCAUUGUUAAAUGAUAAUUCGAAAAAAUUAUCAUUAUUUUAUGCCACACUAUGUAUUAUCGAUGUGUUUGGUGUUUAUCCAAUAAUUACGCUACCUGGUGCGGUUAUUAAGUGUGGAUGGCUUGGUAUUCCACUUGUUUAUGGUAUGUUAGGUUUUCAAGUGUAUACAGCAAGUUUAUUAGGUAAAGCAUGGUUAAUUGCUGAAACAAUUGCACCCGAUCAAAUGGAACAACGUAAUCGAUAUCCAUAUGCGGCAUUAGCAUCCAUUACAUUAGGCAAACCAUGGGAACGUGUUAUUGCUAAUUUAUUAGAUUUUACUGUAUUUGCUGCUGGUAUACCAAAUAUUAUAAUUGCCGCACAAAAUUUAGAAGAAUUAGGCGAUAAAACUUCUACUUUUAAUGUGUCAUAUUGCUAUUGGAUUUUAUUAUUGGGUGCAAUACAAACUCCAAUCAUGUGGCUGGGAAGCCCGAAAGAUCUUCGAUUAGUAUCAGCAAUAUCAGUUGCAAUGGUUAUAUGCUCAUCAAUAUUCAUCAAUUUAUGCAUUGUAUAUGAUGAAAAUGAUCCGAAAAUCGAUUUUACCAGACCAAGUUCAUUUCGUUUCGAUGAUAAUGUUUUAAUUUGGCAUAAUUUAUUAAUUACAUAUGGAAUCAUUGCAUUCCAAUUUGAUGUACAUCCGUUAUUGUUAACGAUACAAGUGGAUAUGGAAAAGAAAUCAAAAAUUAUUAAUGCUAUUAUUUAUGCAUUUUUAUUUAGUACACUUUUAUUUUCGAUAACAGCGAUAUUAGCAUAUUGGCAUUAUGGAACAAGGAUUAAUUAUAACAUUUUACAAACUUUACCAUCGAAUAUCUGGUUAUAUUUGGUAAUAAUUUUGGUUACAAUGCAAUUAUGUUUUACAUCAGUCAUUUAUAAUACAGCUUUGUUUCAAGAUAUUGAGGAUUAUUAUCAAAUACCCCGAGAAUUUACCUACAAACGUUGCAUUGUUCGUACAGCAUUAAUGAUCAUAUCCUUAAUAUUAGCUGAAUCUGUACCACGUUUUGAUAUUGUUAUGGGUCUAAUUGGUGGUACAUUUACCGGACCAUUAAUGUUUAUUUUACCAGCAUUAAUUUACAUACGUUUACGUUUAAUUCAACAACAAUACAAUAACUUAAAUAAUGAUCUUACAACAAUUGAUAAUAAUGAUGUUGAUAAUAAUGUUAUAGUACAACAAUCGAAUUCAACAAUUGAUAUGAAUAAUAAAUGUAAUUAUUGUGUUGAGUAUUUAUUACCACGUUUUGUAAUUGUAUUUGGUGUUAUUUUAACUGUAACAACAACGAUUAACACGAUUGAUAAGAUUUAUAGAUAUGUUAAUUAUCAACCACCGUGUAUUGUAAAUUUAUUUUAA